AGCGAAGCAAAUGUUUAAUGCUAAUUUGCCAUAAAGCUAUCGAGAUGCCGUGUGAAGUUUUAAUAUUGAUAAAAAAAAAAAUAAAACAGGCCAUCUGGCAUCACCAGUAAUUCCAUCUGUUUUUAUGGUACAAUACCAGCAACUCUCUACAGAAUCUUUAAUCUACUACAUUUUGCGUUGGUUAAAUAUCAAAACAAAUGAAAGGUAAAUUAAGUUCUCAAGACGAAGUCUGCCCUUCCCCUUCUGGUAGUUACCAUGAUGAAUCUGGAGUCUCCACGGCUUUGAUUGUUGACGAGGACACGUGUAGCCGAGAAGAACUGGAAGGCCUGUUCAAAGUCAAAUUUAGAAUCGAAGAUGAAUCGGCGGUGUCAUUAAAUAGAGACUAUGUUCUUAAUUUAGCAGCUGAUAGUGGUUUUACGCGCAUUGUAGCUGGCUUAUCAAGCGCUGUUGUACAUAUCUUUGACGUUAACGCCGAACGUGCUUUGCAAAUUUCUUCAGUCGCCACCGUAUCAACACCGAGAACAAAUGAUCGUGUAGGUAUAUGCGGUGUACGUUUUUUAGAUGAUACUCCCAAUUGCUUGUUAGUUGGAGAAAGCAAUGGAAUCGUACGUCUGUACGACUUACGCACGCAAAGGGAACAAGCACGUUUCGAGGAGAAUAUCGAGUGUACACAAAGUUUUUCUAGCUUCGGUAGAAGAAAUUUGAGGAUUUCGCGUAAAGCCAUAAAUUGUUUUGACAGCAAUUCAAACGGACGCAUUAUUUGCACUGGUACUCAACAGCGCCAGGGCGACGUUUGUUUAUUAUUCUAUGAUGUUCGACAGCGUCAACAACUCGGUACCUAUUUCGAAAGCCAUGAAGAUGAUAUAACUUCAUUACGUUUUCACUAUAAAAACCCUGAUAUUUUAUGCUCCGGAUCUACUGAUGGUCUUAUCAACGUAUUUGACAUCAAAGAGGCGACUGAGGACGACGCUUUAACAACAACCAUUAAUACGGAAUGCAGUGUACAAAAACUGAAUUGGCAUAAAAAUAUUUAUGAACAAGAUGUAAUAUCUUGUAUCACACACACAAAUGAUUUUCAUGUGUACUUCGCUGAUGAAGGCGAUAUAGUAUCGAAAUUUGAUCGGUGUCAAAUUACAGCAGCGACAAAGAGAAAAAACGAGUUUAAUUGCAAUGUCGUUGAUGCGCAUAGUACCGAGAAUGGCGACUUAUUGCUUUUAACUGGUACAACAAACAAUGGUGAAGUGUUGCGUACUCUUCGUUUAAAUAAGAAUUUGCUGCCAGUGGCAGAUUUCAUUGGUAAUAAACAACUUGUCCGGGCGAGCGUAUUUGACAAAAAGAGUGGAGCACUUGUGACAGGCGGAGAGUCGGGUUUUGUUACUUUUUGGGCCACGGAGAAUCCAGGCAAAGAAGAUGGAGUAUUACUUAGUUGCUCAAGUGGAUUAAAAAUUAAAAAUAAAAAAUCUAAAAAGAAUACACCUUACUAAAAAAGAGUAGGCUAGUAAAAUCAAUUUAUUAUCAGUUGCAUUAAAUUUUAAAAAUUGUAGAACAUUAA